UAUGUAUUUUAAAACUUAAAAGCCUAAUAAUAUAUGACUAUUAAAUUAAAAAGCAAUGUUACAAUGUAUGUGUCCAUUGUAUUAAACACCAACAUAAUAAACUAGAGUUGUUUCGUUGGUAUUACAUCUUAUAAUUAAAAAAUGGAUAUUAAAGUUACUAUUAAUGAUGUUCAAAUGGAACUUGAGGUAGAAUCCUAUGAAAGUCCAAGUAUCUCCAAAGCAACAGUUAAUGAUGAAUCAGACGACAAAAGUGACGAAAGCGAAGAUGAAGAUUCAGAACAAAAAGGGAAGAAAACUUUCAGGAAAGACCCUUCUAAAUUAUCGCCACACUUGAAGGGGCUCAUGGGAGAAGCGAACCUCCGAUACGCUAGAGGGGACAGAGAAAUAGCAAAGAAAAUGUGCUUUGAGGUUAUAAGACAAUCUCCAGAUGCUUACGAACCAUAUUUAACUUUGUCACAGAUGUACGAAAACACUAAUUUGAGAAAAUGUAAAGGUUUCUUGAUGCUUGCCAGCCAUUUGGCAUCUAGCAACGUGAGCAUCUGGUGUAGACUAGCAGAGGUUUUUCAACAAGAAGGCAACAUUAUGGAGGCAGUACGGUGUUACUCAAAAGCGAUUAAAUACGAACCGAAAAACAUUUGGUUACAUAAAAAGCGAAUCGAGUUGUUAGAACACAAAGGUGACGUAAAAAUGAUUUUAAUGUGUAAGCAAACAUUGGCAAAUAACAUUCCCAAGAAACAGUAUGAAACUGUACUAAAUCUUGUAAUGGAAGUGGCAAAGGAGCACUUUAAACAAAAGAACUAUGCCAGAGCUAUAGAAGCCCUAAAAAUCCCCCUGAAAAGAAUCCCCACCCAAGUAACAAAAGACGUUAUAAAUAUGCUAUUAGAACUACUACUAUUAAACGAACGUUACUCAGAAUGCUUGGACAUUUUCACACAAUUUUGUGGGUUUUCUUUUGAUAUCACCGUCACCGAAGAAAACAAUAUAAUUGUGAAUUCGUACUUAAAACCACCCGCCCUGGAAGUCGAUUUGAAAAUAAAAUUCAUCGUGUGUUUAGUCAAACUGAGAACGGAGAACCUCUUGCCCGAUUUGAUCGAUAGUAUGCUAACAGAGGACAACAUUGAAGCGGUAACAGAUUUAUAUUUAGAUGUCGUUGAAGCUUUGAUGCAAAUGGGCUAUUAUCAAGAUGCCCUAAAACUCCUCAUACCGAUGGUAAAAAAUAGCACCCUUGCAGGGAUUUGGCUGAAGUACGCCGAGUGUUUGGUAGGUUGCCAGAUGCCCGAUCAAGCCAUUGAAGCGUACUUUACAGUUAUGGCGUUGGCUCCCUCGCACGUAGAGCUCUUAUACCCCCUUGCCAUGCUUCUUCUGCAACAGGACAAGAAAAAGGAAGCCCUCGAAGUUCUUUCUCAAGACUUAACCACGAAUAAACUAGAUGUCGCCGUUCUAAUCGAGCAAAUGAAACUCCUUAAGCAGAUAAACGACUGGGACAGCUACUGGAAGAGUGUCGAGUUGUUACUCUCUCGUCACUGCAUCGUUUUGAAGAAUCCCGAAGAGCUUCAGAUUGUUUUAACGCAUGCCACAGCCAAGGAGAAGGUGACCAGGUUAAAGAAAAUAAGGAAUUUUAGGGGCGAUUACAGCGAAGUGGAAAUGAAUUAUGAGAGCAUUAGAGAACCUGGCAUCGAAGAAGAGUAUGGGAUUUAUAAGGACGUUUUGCAGCUUACCAUUGAUAGAAAAGAGUACAGCGUGUUGCAGAAGUUCGCUUUCAUGGGGCUGUGUUCGAAGAGGUUCAAUAAGUUUUUCGAUGAAAUAUUCCUCUUUGCACACUUUGCCUGCAUAUUCAACCGAGACGCCUUCCACGGUUACUCCCUGAUUCGCGACAUCAUUCUAAAACAUCCCCAUAACAACUUGUGCUGGAACUGGUUCACUCUCGUCAUUCAGUCCCCAGACGACUUGCGUCACUCCCGAUUUCUAGAACGGUACCAAUAUAAAAUCAGCCAAGACUAUCGAGGACUGGUCAUCGCAAACUUCGAGUUUUCCACGGGGAACUAUGUUUCUGCCCUCAAUUACUACAUGAACGAGUUCAAGCAGACAAGGUCGGCAUUUUCAGCUUUUAUGCUGGGCGUUGCCAUGCUUCAGAUGUACAUGCAACGCACCUUGGAUAAAAACAAGAAGAAAGUUAUCGCCGAAACUGUAACUUACCUGUUUUUGAAUUAUAGUAAGACUAGAGGUCCACUUAUGGAGCAGGAGAGUUGUUAUAACUUGGGCAGGAUGUAUCAUCAGCUUGGAAUUAUGUAUUUGGCAGAGUACUAUUACAGAAAGGCCUUGAAAGUCACAAAUGAGUUGAUAGAAACGUAUCCUGAUAUUUUGUGCUUGAAGAGAGAAGCAGCUUUCAAUUUGCAUCUUAUUUAUAAAAAUUCAGGCAAUUUUAUUGCUGCCAGGAAUAUUCUAAUGGUGCAUAUUGUUAUUUAAUUAUGUAUAUUAAGUGUAAAUAUAUUAUUUUUU